UCUUGGUCGUUUCAGUUUUUGCCCAAGGCGCAGCACUGCACAAACUGUUGUGAAGUCUUUGUCUAUGGAUUAUGAUGCUGAAGGCAGUUUGCCUGUAGACAGAGACUCAGACUAGCCGUUGUUGGAAAAGAGCUUCCUUUUUCAUUCUAAUUUAAGCUGGUUGACUCAGAGAAGAAGAAACUACAGAGCCUGUUGGUUCUUUUCUGGGGUUGAAUGAGAUUUCCCAAAUACCAGUGACAGAGGUGUGAGGCAGCAUCGCCUGGACCAGCCACACCCCCCCUGUCAGCCAUGCCACCGCCGGCAGACAUCGUGAAGGUGGCCAUCGAGUGGCCGGGGGCUUUCCCCAAACUCAUGGAGAUAGACCAGAAAAAGCCUCUGUCAGCCAUCAUUAAAGAAGUGUGCGAGGGGUGGUCAUUAGGGAACCAUGAAAACUUUGCUCUGCAGAUUGCUGACGCGACAAAUUUCUACAUCACAGAAAAGAAUCGCAAUGACAUUAAGAACGGCUCCAUCCUGCGCCUAACCACCUCCCCUUACCAGACUGCAGUCCAGCUUCAUGAGCGGAUCCAGUCGUCCAGCAUGGAUGCCAAGCUGGAGUCUCUGAAGGACCUGGCCAACGCGUCCCGGGACAUCACCUUUGCCCAAGAGUUCAUCAACCUGGACGGCAUUUCGCUACUCACUCAGAUGGUGGAGAGUGGAACAGAGCGUUAUCAGAAACUACAGAAGAUUAUGAAGCCCUGUUUUGGAGACCUGCUGUCCUUCACUCUGACGGCCUUUGUGGAGCUGAUGGACCACGGCAUCGUCUCCUGGGAUACAUUCUCUGUGGCCUUCAUCAAGAAGAUUGCCGGCUAUGUGAACAAAUCAGCCAUGGACACAGCUGUACUGCAGCGGUCGCUGGCCAUCCUGGAGUCCAUGGUGCUCAACAGUCAGGAUCUGUACCACAAGGUGGCGCAAGAGAUCACAAUUGGACAGCUCAUCCCACAUCUUCAGGGAACUGAUCAAGACAUUCAGACCUACACUAUUGCCGUCAUCAAUGCUCUCUUCCUCAAAGCUCCAGAGGAGAAGAGACAGGAGAUGGCCCACAUUCUUGCCCAGAAGCAGCUGCGUUCCAUCAUCCUCAGUAAUGUGAUCCGGAGCCCCACACCCAUCAAUGAUGAGAUGGCCCACCAGCUGUACGUGCUGCAGGUGCUCACCUUCAACCUGCUGGAGGACCGCAUGAUGACCAAGAUGGAUCCCCAGGACCAGGCUCAGAGGGACAUCAUCUUUGAGCUGCGGCGGAUCGCCUUCGACGUGGAGUGUGAGCCGAACAACAGCGGCAGCAUCGAGAAACGCAAGUCCAUGUACACGCGCGACUACAAGAAGCUGGGAUUCAUUAAUCAUGUGAAUCCAGCUGUGGAUUUCACUCAGAUCCCUCCGGGCAUGCUGGCUCUGGAUAACAUGUUGUAUUUUGCCAAGCACCACCAGGACUCCUACAUCAGGAUUGUCCUGGAGAACAGCAGUCGAGAGGACAAGCACGAGUGUCCGUUCGGCCGCAGCAGCAUCGAGCUCACCAAGAUGCUCUGUGAGAUCAUGAAAGUGGGCGAGCUUCCCAGUGAAAACUGUCACGACUUCCACCCCAUGUUCUUCACUCACGAUCGCUCCUUUGAGGAAUUCUUCUGCAUCUGCAUCCAGCUGCUCAACAAAACCUGGAAGGAGAUGAGAGCCACAAGUGAAGACUUCAACAAGGUUAUGCAGGUGGUAAGGGAACAGAUCAUGCGAGCGCUCACUCUCAAGCCUAAUUCCCUGGACCAGUUCAAGAGUCGCCUGCAGAACCUGAGCUACACAGAGAUCCUGAAGAUACGCCAGUCCGAGAGGAUGAAUCAGGAAGACUUCCAGUCCCGCCCCAUCCUGGAGCUGAGGGAGAAGAUCCAGCCUGAGAUCAUGGAGCUGAUCAAGCAGCAGAGGCUCAACAGGUUGUGUGAGGGAACCUGCUUCAGGAAAAUCAGCAGUCGCAGGAGGCAAGAUAAGUUUUGGUACUGUCGUCUGUCUCCGAAUCAUAAAGUCCUGCACUAUGGUGAUUUGGAGGAGAGCCCUCAGGGAGAAGUGCCCCAUGAUUCUUUGCAGGACAAAUUGCCCGUGGCUGAUAUCAAAGCUGUUAUCACCGGCAAAGACUGUCCUCACAUGAAGGAGAAGGGAGCCCUGAAGCAAAACAAGGAGGUGUUGGAGCUGGCCUUCUCUGUCCUCUAUGAGUCCGACGAGUAUUUAAACUUUAUUGCUCCUGACAAGCAUGAGUACUGCGUGUGGACAGACGGUCUAAACGCCCUCCUGGGUAAAGAGAUGACCAGCGAUUACACCAAAUCUGACAUGGACACCCUCCUCUCCAUGGAGAUGAAGCUCCGCCUUUUGGAUCUAGAGAACAUCCAGAUUCCUGAGGCCCCGCCCCCAAUUCCCAAAGAACCUAGCAACUAUGACUUUGUUUACGACUGUAACUAGACAACCGACUACCACGACCCCGAGCCCACCCAGCACCUACUGUUCUCACUGGACCGAUUCACUUUUGUUACAAACUGGAACAAAAACAAAACUCCUAACAUAUAAAAAAGUGAACUGUGACUAAAGGAAAAAAGGAUUUGUUCAACUAUUUUCCUCUUGCUUAUUGCAAUAAAAGAGAGAAAAUGGUGCGUGUUUAUAGGCAUCGCUACAGUUGAGGGAUUCAGGGUGGAUAAGGGGUCAUCAGGUUGGUAUGGAGAGGAGAAACCAGGAAGUACUUGUUCAGGCUGUCAUUGGUCGCCCUGCCUCUUCUUCCUCACUCUUCUCCUGUCUCCUGUUUGAAACAUUCACUUCCUCUUCUCAGCCAGGCGCUCACUGUCUUUUUGCUUGAAUAUUGCAGUAGAAAAAAUGCUUAGAAGUUCAAUUGAUACAGCUUUGUCGUUGUCCUUUUUUUCAUGUUUACUUCAUUAUUUUUCCUCAGGGCUUUUGUUGGUGGUUGGUGUAGUUCAGGAGCAGGAAGGGACAGGGGUUUGUCCCCACUUCUCCCGUAGUAUUUCCCAUCACAUUCUCAUGUACAGUAUCUGUGGCAGCUACAUGUUUCCAAGAGGCUAAUAAGGAAGGUUGAAGUACAUUUUAAGAUGAAUUCUCCUUACAAAUAGCUUCUUAUAUCCACUCUGUACUGCUACAUGUAUACUGAAGACUGUUAGAGUAAGUCAGUCCUCAAAUCCAACGCACUGUACUCCAGUAAAUAGCCUUUCUUUCCAAUAUUCUACUGUUCUUGUUAUAAUCCCGACACUGCUUACCGCAUAUUGUACACACAGACACAGUGGCUUUGCCGACACCACCUGAACAAAGCACCACCAUUGUGAAACA